ACGUCAAACUGUCCAUCAUUUCGCCUAGAUAUUUUUUGGGCUCGUUCGUUUUGCUUGGAAAAGAGACCGCUUUACUUGUAGAUCAGUAACCCUUUCACUUCCCCUACAUCUUUCCAGCUUCUUCCCUCUCUGGAACUCCAUGGCCACGACCGCCGCCACCGCCUCGGAGCUCCCUCUGAAAGAUCGGGUGGCCAUCGUCACCGGCUCCUCCCGCGGGAUCGGCCGUGCCAUCGCCCUCCACCUCGCCUCCCUCGGCGCCAAGGUCGUCGUCAACUACACCUCCCCGUCCUCCGCCCAGUCCGACGCCAUCGUCGCGGCAAUCAACUCCUCGUCCCAUGGCUCCGCCGUCUCCGUCCGCGCUGACGUCUCGGACCCGGACCAGGUGAAGUCCCUCUUCGACGCCGCUGAGGAAGCCUUCAAGUCGCCGAUCUACGUCCUGGUGAACUCCGCCGCCAUCCUCGACUCCAAGUACCCCACCAUCGCCAACACUUCCGUCGACGACUUCGAUAAGACCUUCAGUGUCAAUGCAAGAGGGGCAUUCUUGUGCUGCAGAGAGGCGGCGAACCGGCUGAAGCGGGGCGGUGGAGGCAGGAUCAUAAUGCUGUCCACAUCAGUGGUGGGCUCCCUAAGGCCGAAUUUGUCGGCGUACACCGCCUCGAAGGCGGCUGUGGAGACGAUGGUUAAGAUCCUGGCCAAGGAGCUCAAGGGCACCCGCAUCACUGCCAACUGCGUUGCGCCGGGCCCCAUUGCAACCGAGAUGUUCUUUGCAGGGAAGACUGAGGGGAUGAUCAAUGAGGCGAUCGACCUGUGCCCGCAUGGGCGGCUCGGCGAGACCAAGGAUGUCGCCCCUCUUGUCGGGUUCUUGGCCACUGAUGCCGCGGAAUGGGUCAAUGGACAGGUGAUUAGGGUUAAUGGUGGAUAUGUGUAGGUCGAUUGAUUCAAGCUCAGGACUAUGUCAUUCUUGUAUUAAGGACCGCCUGAAAUUUGUGACUUUUGCUUUUGGAAUUCUCUGUCUCUUUCUGUCUGAUUGGAAAGCUGAUGCAUCAGUUCUUCAAAA